CAAUGCUUUCCUUUGUCUGUUUCAAAGUAGCACAUAAUAGGUUGAUUUUCUUAAUGUAAAGCUUGACAUUGCAUGCACAUUUAAUUGUGAUUGUUGUUUUGUUUUGUUGUAUCAUUUAUAUUUUGUUAUCUUUUAUAUUCAUCACUUCUUCAUUUUUGCCAGUUUUUCUUUCUCUUUACCUUUUUUUUUAAUGUGAAAGGGCAUUGUCGGUAACAUAAAUGGGAGGCCUUUUGUUUAUUGUUUAGAGCAGUUGUACAAACACGUACCCUUGCUCAGCAUAACUGAGAUUCCACCCUUCCAACCACAGAAUUAGCUCUUGUAAGUAGUCUUGUGAAGAGUCCUAGAGGUCAGCCACGCAUGGAAUUCUCACAGAAAGCCAGUAGAAAAAAGAAAUGCCCCAACAGCUUCGUUGGAAGGUUUAAAGAGUGAUGAUAAUUGGUUCCUGUUAAGGGUUAGAAGAUACCUCAGAGUGAGAUCACUGGAUUCUUUACUCAUAACAGAAUGAUCAAACUUGAAGUAAAGGGCUUUCAUGACAUUUACUGGCUACCGUAUAGCUAAUUGCCUUAGAUUGUAACAGCUGAUGCGGUUCCAGGGUCAUUGUUGUAAGGCAAGGGGCCAACAACAGCACAGUCACAGGUCUGAUAUGCUGAAGCCACACAGAGUGCAUAAGAACCGUAAACUCAACAGUAACUGAACUAAUAACUGCCCAGUAUUUCAAACCAUAAGUCGAUGAAAAUGAAAAUAAAGUCAAAUAGUGGCAGCUGAGUACUGCAGACACACAGGACAGUGUGUCGGCAGUCUUCCACCGCCUAUUCCUCCACCCAGACCCCUGCCUCAGUCUCCUGCUAUGUUCCAGACUCAGAAAGGGAGCAGGCGCUUCAAGAGGAUUGAGAACAGGAAUGGAGUCUUUGCGCUGUUGGUAAGUGCUGAAAAGCCACUGUGAGCAACCUUAGGACUCACACCUUGUGGUCGUCCAUUGGUGUUGAGGUUUAAGGGUUAGUGUAGAGUGUAAUUCACGGUCAAGCUGUUUUCCACCCUUGCAUUUUUUUUGUCAUGUUGGCUCAUGUUUUAGCUGCACAGCCAUCAUUUGUAAGAACAGCAUUACAUUUGGGUGUGUGAAGUGCAGUGAUAUCAUUUUGUCAUCAUCUUUCUGCAAACCAUUGUUUGCAUGUAUGUAUUUAUAUGUGAAUUUAAGCACAACCGUGUGAUAUUCAAGAGUGUGUGUGUGUGUGUGAUUUUGAAGACAGAUGAGGAGCGACAGCAGGCGCUGCAGGUGGCCUUCUCCAGCACCAGUUCUGGGGGGCCCUUGCUGCCCUCCCCCCCAUCGGGGGCCUCAGAGGUUCGGCCUAAGGCCAAGAAGAACCCUCGCAAGAACCAGAACGAGAAGUAUCGGCUCAAGUACCUGAGACUCCGCAAGGCUGCACGCACCAUGAUCUUUGAGAACGCAGCUCUGUGUGAUGAAGUGGCAUAUCUGGAGGAGAAGUUUGUACGUGCCAAAGAAGAGCGGAGGUUCCUUUUGAAAACACUGCUGCAGUACCAGUCAGUGUCAGACAGCGACUUUGCCAGUGGGCCAAGUGGAAGUGGGCAUUUCCCAGCAGGCUUUGGCUCCAGCGGGGCCUCCGGGGGCCAAGGCCUGGGGCCCGGGGCCUCCUCUGCUGAGGAGGGCACCCCAAAAAGGCCCAAAAAGGAGCGCAAGGAGCGAGGGAGGGAGAACGGAAGAGAGGAAGUCCCCAGGAAGAUAUCUAAGAAGCGAAAGGUUGCAGAGGGAGGGGCACGGAGGCUGGUCCAGCCAAUCCCACUGGACUCCACUGGACGACCUGUGUUUCCCAUCGUGCUAGGUGGCUUGACCGUCUACAGCCUCGGAGAGAUCAUCACAGACCGUGUUCCCUUCCAUGACGAGAGUUCUAUCUAUCCAGUGGGCUUCUGCAGUACGCGUGUGUUUGCCAGCAUGAAGAGUCCAGACCAGCAGUGUUUGUACACAUGCCAGAUCAAAGAUGGAGGCACUGGCCCUCAGUUUGAGAUUGUUCCGGAAGAUGACCCCCAGAAUUCCAUAGCGGCCUCUUCAGCGCUCGGAUGUCACACCAACCUGCUGAAAGCCAUCACGGCCAUCCGGGGUAAGCCACAGGUCCCUAUAGUGCCAUCUGGAGCAGACUUCUUUGGCUACUCUCACCCAACCAUCCAGAAUCUCAUUCAGAGUUGCCCUGGAGCACGCAAGUGUAGCAACUACCGUUGGGUUCGGUUUGAGGUUUGUCGUCCGGGCGACGGGCAGGUACCACACACACUCGCGGAGGAUGAUGCGUCUGUAAACUUCGAGGCAUUCCAGCGGCAGCAGCAAGGCUUCAGUGGCGGCGCGUCGCCAGAGCGACCAGCCAGUGCCAUCUCUGGUCGGCCCCCACAGGCCCCUGGCUCUUCCCAUCACCAUCUCCUGAGUACUGGUGCUUUGCCAACAGCGACCUCCUCCUCACAGUUUGGAACAUAACAUGAUCUGCCACACACUCAAGCACACAGAGACGCAGGCACCAAGGCCAGCUUGUGUAGGACAGAUCAAUCAGUCCUCGUCUUCCAGAACAGCCUCUUUUUCUUAUUUUUGGAAUAACAAGUUGUCAUUCUG